GUCUAUUGUGAAGGGUUGGGUGAAGUAGUGAAUAAUGAUUAAAUUGAAGCAACGAAAAGCAUUCUGAAUCCGGGCGUUAACAUUGUUUGACAAAAAAACACGAUAUUUGCUGUUCUCUUAUUGAUUGUUAUUCUCGAAGUUUACUUGAUUGACGGCAACAUGUUUCUCAGGUCAGAUUUCAUUUUCCCACUAGAAUUUCUCUUUUUCAUUCCUUCUUUGUACUGAGUUUGAGCAUUCCAUUAUUAUCCUCUACAAAUUGAUGUUUGCUUCUAAUGGCAAUAAAGCUUCCAUCUUUGGCACAUCGUACACGAUUCCUCAAAUGGGUUUAUCUCUCUUCAACUAGUACUCAACAUAUUUCACAAACCGUUGGAAUUGUAAACCCCAAUUAUUCAUCUGAAUUCGACCAAAAUAUUAACUUUUUGAGGAAUAAGCUUGCGCCAGAUAAUUUAAUUCAGGUUUUGAACCGUACAAGUGAUUUGAAUUCAGCAGUUAAGAUUUUCAAAUGGGCUUCUAUCCAGAAGAGUUUCCAUCACAACUCUAAUACAUAUUUUGAGAUCAUUUUGAAACUGGGUUUAGCCGGGAAUGUUCUAGAGAUGGGGGAUUUUUGUCAUAACAUGGUGAAGAAUAGAUUUCCAGGGGCUGAAAAAGCUCUUGUAUCAUUGAUUCAUACAUUUGUUCAGCAUUGUAGGAUUAAAGAAGCGAUUGCGGUUUUAGUGAACAUGAAUUUGGGGGGCUAUAAGCCCCCAAUUGAAGUUUUUAAUGCUUUGUUACGUGCUCUUGUGCAAGAAGAAAGUAGAGAUUUUCAAAAUGUUUUGUUUGUUUAUAAAGAGAUGGUGAAGGUAGGAAUCGUACCUACAGUCGACACUUUAAAUUGUUUGUUGGAGGUAUUGUUUACGAUCAAUUGGGUUGAUCUUGCUUUGGAUCAAUUUAGAAGAAUGAGCAAUAAAGGAUGUAGUCCAAAUAGUAAGAGCUUUGAGAUACUUGUAAAGGGUCUCAUUGAAAAUGUUCGAGUGGAUGAAGCUGUUGCUGUUUUAGAGCAAAUGCGCGAACUCAAAUGUCAACCGGAUUUGAGCUUUUAUAUCUGCGUCAUACCUCUCUUUUGUGGGGAAAAUAAAGUAGAGGAGGGAGUAAGGUUGUUUAGAAUGAUGAAAGAUUCUGGUUUUGUGCCAGAUUCUUUCAUUUACGAGGUUCUAAUACAGUGCUUAUGCAAAAACUUGCUGUUGGAUUCCGCUUUAUACCUUGUAAAUGAAAUGAUAGGAAGUGGUAUAUCACCAAAACAUAAUGUUUUUGUUCAUAUGAUAGAUUGCUACUGUGAAUUGGGGAAAAUAGAUGAGGCUGUAAAGUUUUUAGAAGAAAAGCAAGUUCAUGAAACUGCUCCUUUCAAUGUAUUGCUUGAAGGUUGCUGCAAUGCUGGUAAAAUUGUGGUAGCAAAUGUUAUGCUGGAAAAAAUGUCUGAGAGAAACAUAGCUGAUUGUCAAUCUUGGAAUAUUCUUAUUAGAUGGCUUUGUGAGAAUGAAGAGACCGAGAGAGCAUAUGCACUUCUUGGCAGAAUGAUUAAAUUCUUAGUUAUUCUUGACCAUGCAACAUAUUCAGCUCUUGUGGUUGGCAACUGUAGAAUGAAAAAGUAUGAUGAAGCAAUGAAACUAUUUCAUCAAAUUUGUGCAAGAUGCUGGAGUUUAGAUAUUGACUCUUAUUCUGAAUUGGUAGAUGGCCUAUGUGAUAUCAACCAUUCUCAAUAUGCCAUUGAAGUGUUUUACUAUAUGUCAAUGAAGCAAAGCUCUCUGCAUUCCUUCUCCUUCUACAAGUUGAUAAAAUGUGUAUGCGACUCGGGACAGGUCAACGAAGCCGUAAAAUUAUGGCAAUUAGUUUAUUAUUGUGGUAUUUCUUGCUGUAAUAUCACACAAACUACUAUCAUGCAUGAGUUGUCUAAAUCAGAUAAGGUGAAAAACCUGUUAGCAUUCCUCUCACAAAUGUUGAUAGUAGGAGGAAACCUUGACAUAGAAGCAUAUUGUAUCCUUAUCCAUGGCAUGAUGAAACAAAAUCUAGUUAAGGAAUGCGUUUUGUUUUUCAAUAUGAUGGUCAAUGAAGGUUUCGUACCUGAUUCAGACAAACUAUUUGAUCAACUGUCAUUCAUAGCCAAUCAUUCUCUGUUGUCUAUGAUUUCUAGUGCCAUUGAUAAAAUUUCUGACAGCGAAAAAUUGAGUUCAGCAAUUUAUAGCUUACUGAUAAAUGGCCUGUGGAAAGAGGGUAAGGAACAUGAAGCCCGGCGAUUACUUGAAAUGAUGCUGAAAAAGGGUUGGCUUCCUGAUACAACCACUCAUAAGUUAUUGAUUGGAUUUGAUGUUAGAGAAGGAAGAAGUCAAGAAACAUCACUGUUUGAUGAUUCUGUUAGCAAUAUACUUGUAGAAGGCCUUGGAAAUUCAUGAAACUUGAGCAUUCCAUGAAAGGAAUCUUAUUGCUUAACACGCUAGUUUCAUUGUGAUUGCUGCAGUCCAUCAAAGAUGAUUUCUUGAGCAAGUCUUAUAGCAAUGAGAACUGUUGUCUUGCAGAAAAUUCUUUCAAGAGGUUGAAAGAUGCGGCUUGGCAGAUGUCAAUUUCAUCAAAUUUAUUUGCCAUGCUACACUAGAUGACUUGCAUUCUGCUAUAUCCAUGUUAAAUUUACAAUGCUACCAACUACUAUUGAAGAGGUUUUUUACUGCCUUUUUCCUAUUUGAGAGCUUUUCCCCAAGGCUAUACUUUUUAUUCUCACCUGAAUAUUAGCUGAAGUGUAUAGGGAGAUUGCUUUCAUAUUGCUGGCAAGCUAUUCUUGUUUGUUGAUUCAAGAACAUAUUACCCUAGCAAGUCCAGCUGUCAUUGUCAUAAUAAAGCUUGAGCCCUCUAAUGUGAGGGUUGCAUCUUGAGAAAACGUGGAGUUACAAAUGUAGAUUGAAAUAUUAACGGUUGAGAUUGUAAUAAAAUGUGCAAACAGAAACUGUAUUUCUCCCAAAUGCAAUCAUGUUUGAAACUGACAAGAGAAGUAUUUUUUUUGCAAGGGAUCAAACCAAAUAUCUCCCUCCUAAAGAGUAUCAUUGUACAUAUUCUUUCCACUUGCACACAUAAGAUGCUUCCACCAGGUCAACUCAUUGAGUGAAUGAGAUGGUGUUAACCACAGCAUGAGCAGUUGAAGAAAGACUAUUAGUACUUCAUAUGAAUAACUCAUGGCAAGACAUUAGGGUUUAGUGUGAAGGACGAAGGAUGAUUAACACUUGAAAAAAGAUAAUUUGUAUUUCAUACCAGACAUUAGGGUGCAGUCACAUUAUAGUUUGAGAGGAAAACUCCAUAUGGAGGGGAAAGAGGAGUGAGUUAUACAGAUAGGAAUAAGUUCUUUCGAAUUAUUUUCUAAACUUAUUAUUCAUAGUACUUUUUUUUUAUCAACCUUGUAUUUUUUUAGCUGUUGAAUUUUGUAAACUUCACCUUGUGGUCGACAACUAUCUCAAAUGUAGUAGAAAAAGGUGCAAGUUUUAUGAUUACAA